AUGAGUAUACCUAAAACCAUUAAAGGCAUUGGCUCAGUCAACGAAAAGGAGUGGACAUCUCCCCAAGAAUUGGAGUACUCCCCUAGGAAGUUCAACGAUGAAGAUGUGUUGAUCAGAAUCGAUUAUUGUGGAAUUUGUGGGUCUGACGUACAUACCAUGUCUGGUGGUUGGGGCCGCUACAGAAAUUUGGUGCCUGGUCAUGAGAUAGUUGGAAGGGCAAUGAAAGUGGGAUCCAAAGUUAAAUCCAUUAAGGCCGGGGAUAGGGUGGGAGUUGGACCCAUGGCAGGUUCAUGUGGUGAAUGUAAAUUGUGUUUGAGUGACAAUGAGCAUUAUUGUAAAAAGGUCAUUUCAACAUACCGUUCGAAGAAUUAUAAAGCCGAUAAUUAUUUCAUGCAAGGAGGUUACGCAACUCACAUAAUUGUGGAAGAAAACUUCGUUUUCUCUAUCCCUGAUGGCAUUCCUCUGAAUGUUGCUGGGCCGUUGAUGUGUGCAGGUUUAACGGUAUUUUCUCCAUUAUACAGAAAUUUGAAGGACAACAACAACGAAAAAUUAGUUGGAAUUAUCGGAAUAGGAGGUCUCGGUCAUUUAGCUAUUAUGUUUGCUAAAGCAUUAGGUGCAAAAGUGGUUGCCUUUUCCCGAUCGAAUUCUAAAAAACAAGAUGCAUUGUCUUUGGGCGCUGAUGAUUAUGUAGCUACUGGUGAAGACACUAACUGGGUUUCUAAAUAUGAGAGGGAAUUUGAUGUUCUUUUAAAUUGUGCAUCAAGCUUUACAGAUAUAAACUAUCAAAGCUUCUUUGGGGCUUUAAAAGUGCAAGGUAAUUUCAUCACUGUAGGGUCACCUGAAUUAAGUGAAACUUUAGACUUACAUGCUGUUCAAUUAGUAGUUUCAGGUAUUGCUCUCGGGGGUUCAUUGGCCGGAAGUAAAAAGGAGGCUUUGGUUAUGUUAGAUCUAGCUGCCAAGCGCAAAAUUUUUCCGGUAAUUGAAGAAUUACCAAUGUCUGUUGAAAAUGUUAAACAUGGAUGGCAGAAGGUUCAAAAGUCUGACGUAAAAUACAGACUUGUUCUUACGGGUAUACAGAACCAUUUUGCCAAGCCUAAAUUAUAA